GACGGGAUGCUGGCUGCGCGCUCUCCCGGAGCCGUCUGAAGGCCACACCGCGGGCCCAGGGCCGAGCACCCCGCGCGGCCCGGGGCUGAGUGCGCCCCCUCGCCGCGCCGCCCGCGCGCCUCCGGGCACCGAGCAGCCUUCGCCUCCGUGCCGAGCGAGCGGCGGGGAGCGGCGCCCGGAGACACCGCGGGGGGCCGGGAGAGUCCCGGGACGGCCGGGAGGAAGUGACACGCCCUCGCCAGCCAGCAGCCGGCCAGCGGCCAGCGCUGCCAGCUCCGCCGGGCGCCCCGGACCCGUGCGCAGCGCCCCGCGCCCUCGCCUAUGCGGACCCCGGCGCCGCGCCGCAGCCCCUGAUCCACCCGCGCCCGAGCGCGCGCGGAGCCGAGCAGAGGGAGGGGCACCGAGGCAGCCUCUGCGGGACUAACUCAUGAAGAACAAGGGUGCCAAGCAGAAGGUGAAACGCAAGGGAGCCGCCAGCGCGUUUGGCUGCGACCUGACCGAGUAUCUGGAGAGCUCAGGACAGGAUGUUCCAUAUGUUUUGAAGAGCUGUGCAGAAUUUAUUGAGACUCACGGCAUCGUAGAUGGAAUCUAUCGACUUUCAGGGGUCACCUCAAACAUACAGCGACUAAGGCAGGAGUUCGUCUCGGAUCAGUGCCCCGACCUGACGCGGGAAGUGUACCUGCAGGACAUCCACUGCGUGGGCUCGCUCUGCAAGCUGUACUUCCGGGAGCUGCCCAACCCGCUCCUGACCUACGAGCUCUAUGAGAAGUUCACGGAGGCAGUGUCGCAUUGUCCCGAAGAAGGCCAACUGGCCCGAAUCCAAAAUGUUAUCCAGGAGCUUCCCCCCUCCCAUUAUAGGACCCUGGAAUACUUGAUCCGACAUCUGGCUCACAUCGCCUCCUUCAGCAGCAAGACCAACAUGCACGCCAGGAACCUGGCCCUGGUGUGGGCCCCGAACCUCCUCAGGUCGAGAGACAUCGAAGCGGCCAGCUGCAAUGGCGACGCAGCCUUCCUCGCCGUGCGUGUGCAGCAGGUGGUAAUUGAGUUCAUACUAAGCCACGUGGAUCAGAUCUUCAGCAGCAGGGCGCCUGGGGCUCCAGAGAAGGAUGAAAGCCAGCCCAUGGUGAAGAGCCUCACCCUGCCUGCCCUGUCCCUGCCCAUGAAGCUGGUGAGCCUGGAGGAAGCUCAGGCCCGCAGCCUGGCUACAAACCACCCUGCUCGGAAAGAGAGAAGGGAGAACAGCCUGCCUGAGAUUGUCGCCCCCAUGGGUGCCCUCUUCCACACCGUCCUGGAGUUACCAGACAGCAAGAGAAAGCUUUCCAGUAAAUCAAAGAAGUGGAAAUCUAUAUUUAACCUGGGCCGUUCUGGAUCAGACUCCAAAUCCAAGCUGAGUAGAAAUGGGAGUGUGUUCCUGAGAGGACAGAGGCUGUCGGUGGAAAAGGCUACUAUCCGACCAGCUAAGAGCAUGGACUCGCUCUGUUCAGUGCCUGUGGAAGGAAAAGAAACCAAAGGAAAUUUCGGUCGAACGGUCGCUACUGGUGGAUUUUUCAUUCCAGCCACGAAAUUGCACUCGACCAGCACUGGCAGCUCAUGUGACCUCAGCAAGCAGGAGAGCGAAUGGGGCCCGGAGGGAAUGCCUGCAGGGGCCGAGGGGGGCUUUGACACGAGGGGUGACCGAAGCCAACUCCAGGGUGCUCAGAUCCGGGCCCCACCUGAGCAGCUGAAGGUGUUCCGACCUAUCGAGGACCCUGAAAUCGAACAAACAGGCCCAAAGAUGCUGGGGAUGUUCUACACCUCCAACGAGAGCCCCAGUAAGUCCGUCUUCGGCAGCAGCCUCUUCCAGACGGAGCCCUCGCCUCAUCACCAGCGCAAGGCACUCAAUAUCUCCGAGCCCUUUGCGGUGUCCGUGCCACUCCGAGUGUCCGCAGUCAUCAGCACUAACAGCACCCCGUGCCGAACACCCCCCAAGGAGCUACAGUCCCUCUCCAGCCUAGAAGAGUCUUCUUUCCAGGGCUCAGAGAGUGGCAGCUGGCCCGAGGAGGAGAAGCCACAGGGAACUGAGACUUCUACAGCCCCUGUUGCUAAGAAUGCCAUUCCCGAGGAUGCCUCACUCCAACCUGAUGGCCAGGCGCUGGCAAGAUGCAGCCAAAGUCUUUCCCUGGAGCCGGCUGCCCAACUGGAGGAGAAGAAAACCUCAGAACCUGCCAUGGCUUCUCUACAUUCAGGAGAAUCAGAAAAGAGACCAAAACAGGAGAAGGUGGAGGAGAAGAGCCAAGAGGCCAGUCCAGUGGGAGCCGCUGCUCCCCUGCAGAGCUCCGGGGCUGAAGCUGAAGCUGGAUUUUUCCAUGAGAUGGAUGACGACGAUCUGACCAACCCCCUUUUCUGGCCCGAGAUUCAACAGGAACUGAAAAUCAUCGAAUCUGAAGAGGAGCUCUCCCUGUCACAACCCCCUGCUCAGCAGAUCAGCCCAGUUCAGGCAGUUCUUGAGCCAAGCCCAGUGGCCUUUUCUUCCCCAGAGGCUCCUGGGACCUUGUCUUGUGGCUCUACCCCCAGUCCAGUCUCUGCCCCUCUGGUGGCAUGGACUAGGGAUGACACACAGGGAGUGACCACAGCAGCCAGCAAGGAGAAACUGGAGCCAACCAGCAGUCUCCAUAAAUACAAGCAUGAACAGGGCCUGUACCCAGACCACACUGGUCCGGCUCAUUUGGAUGUAGUUCCCCUUGAGGUGUCUCCAGAGGCUAAAACAGAUGUUGCUGGCCUAGGGAAUCUCUCUCCCCUGCUCCCGCCUGCUUCUCCCCCUCCGACCUCUUUGGAGGAGGCGCCUCGAAUCCUGCAGUCAAGGGGUAGCCCUGAGAGAGAAGAUCCGUGCAUGAAUUUGAGCAUCAGUCUCUAUGUAGAGCAACUGAAGUGCACAGACAGCCCUGGGAUCUCCAGCACCUUUCAGGGAGAUGAGGCAGCUCAGAAGCACAGGGAAGAGAGAGAUUCAAAGAGUGCUGCUCCGGAGGCCAAAGGCCCUGGCGUCUCAGGCCCAAAGGAGGGUGAGAUUUCCCCAGCGGGAGAGGGAGACGGAGCCCAUUCAGUACAGGAGCCUUCAGACUGUGAUGAAGAUGACACUGUGACCGACGCUGUUCAGCACGGCCUGGAGAUGGUGGAGCCCUGGGAGGAGCCCCAGUGGGUAACCAGUCCUCUUCACUCUCCCACCCUGAAGGAAGUGCAGGAGUCCCGGGUGCAGAACCCCCAGAGCCACAGGCUGGAGCGGAGGCUGACCCCCAGGCCCGGCCUUCACCAGAGCCACUCUCUGGACAGCAAAAGCUCUAUUUCCACUUGCCAGUGGCCUCUCCACACUCCCUCCUCUAGUAGCUGUGCCAGUCUUGAAACAAAGAAGAAUCUGGACUCUCUGCAGCCUCUGGUGGCCAGGAAAGAGACAGCUGGAUGGGAUGAGAAAGCCCCAAAGCCCUUCAGAGAGUUCUCGCAAGGGGCAGAGGCUCUUCCCAGCCAGAAAGGACCAACUGAUGUGCAAGCCAACCCAGUAGAAACUAGCCCAGUCAGCCUGGCAGAGAGAAGGGGGCUGGGGCCACAGCUGGAGUACAGCAGCUCAGACAUCAAGCAAAGCAACGUUCCCGAGCUAGACAGCAGCAGGGAGAGUUCCCCUACUGUUCAGGGCAGCCCCCCACCAGCAGCGCUUCCCCCUGAGUUACAGCAGAAGAGCACUGAGUGUGGGCCCUCAAAAGGGAAAAACAGGCCUUCUUCUCUCAACCUGGACUCUGCUGUUCCCAUCGCUGAUCUCUUCCGGCUUGGGAAUGGGACCUCAUUUAGCUCACCUGGAAUGCAGCUCUUGGAGCCGGAAGACCCCAAGCUCACCUGGAUGACCUCGUCCCACUGUAAAGCAGACCCCUGGGGGGUUUGCUCCCAGGACUCCCAGGACCUGGACGUUAUUGCUCAUGCUGCGACUGGCCGCCGCCGUAACUCGGCUCCUGUGAGUGUGUCAGCAGUGAGAACCUCCUUUAUGAUCAAAAUGUGUCAGGCCAAGGCAGUCCCAGUCAUCACACCCAAGAUUCAAUACACGCAGAUCCCCCAGCCCCUACCCUCUCAGAGCUCAGAGGAGAGAGGGGCUCAGCCUCUGGAGGGGAGCCAGGAACCCCCCAGCUUGGCUAGUGGAGCGUCUCAGAAACCUGCCAAAGAUGAAUGUCCCUCUCCCCUAGAAAGCCCCAGGGAAGGGAAACCAAAGCAAGACUCAGGAGUCAUGAGGUCCUCUCAGUUGGACCUCACUGCCCCCUGCAUGUGUGAGGGACCCAUCCUUCCUCCAGAACCAGGCUCACCUGACCUGGCUUCCACCCAGGAUGUGACAGUGCAUUGCGGAAAGUGCACAUCAGAGACAGAGCCAUCAGGGGAUAACCUGCUUUCUUCAAAAGCGGAGCGGCCAUCUGGAGGUUCUAAGCCUUUCCCCAGGGCGAGGCCAGGAAGACCUCAGAGCCUCAUCUUGUUCAGUCCUCCUUUCCCCAUCAUGGACCACCUGCCCCCUUCAUCCACAGUGACAGAUUCCAAGGUCCUGCUGUCCCCCAUCAGAAGUCCCACUCAGACAGUUUCCCCUGGCCUUCUCUGUGGAGAGCUGGCAGAAAACACAUGGGUCACACCAGAAGGGGUUACACUUAGGAAUAAAAUGACCAUCCCUAAGAAUGGCCAAAGACUAGAGACCUCAACCAGCUGUUUUUACCAGCCUCAACGAAGAUCCGUGAUUCUCGAUGGAAGAAGCGGAAGGCAAAUAGAAUGACAGCAGUCCCCUGCUGGUGUCUGCAAAGCCGCCGUGAUUUACCUGGACCUCCUCGCAGGCCCAGCUUGUCACUUGCCAGGCAUGAGUUGUCUAAAUGUGGGCUUAUUUUGGCCUCUGGUUUCUUUUUAUUCGACCUUUGGACCAUUCAUUCAUAUUGCAUCUGCUAGAGGAGUAGUCAAGCAAAGACCAAAACAUGACAUUUAGAGAAGUCUAAGCAAAUGGGAAAGGUUAGGGCAGGGAGGGGAACAGAGUGUGUGUCUCAAGUGAGCUGUUUCCCCCGUUACCAUCCUGUUGCUGUUGGGAGCUGGCAAUGAUAGUGUCCUUUGAAGGAAAGCUGUGUCAGAAAAAGCUGUGAUUAGGAUUUGAAAGCCUCCUGUUUUCUUCGUGCUUUGUAACACUGUAAAGCAUGUGUCCUUUAAAUCGACUUUUAAUAAGCUAUGUACUACCUAAAAUAGAAGCAGAUUCGAAAAUGCAAGUGGAUGUGCACUUAGGUAUCCCAUGAGGCGAGCUCACCUGUGUUCUACCCUGGGGUCUCUGCAGGCUUGCCCAGCAUGACCCUAGACAGCAGCAUAGAAAGUCAGAGUCCACUCGAGCAAGCCCUGACACCGGCACGAUCCGUGAAGACUUGCUCACUCUGACUGUCACUCACUUGAGACUCCACCUGCCACUGCACUGAACUGAGAUUUAUAAAUCUUGGAUCUGAGCAGAGAGGGGUGGAAGCUGAGGAUUACUUUAGUGCAGUUUUGGGAGUAGCAAGGAGGAGGUUUCUUCUUAACAAGAUCAGAGCCCAGGAACGGUGUCCUCAGAGAAAACCUUCACACAAGGGCAUGAGUACACUGCAUACUUACUAUGUUCAAAUUAGGGGGUAUUAGCAGAAAACACCUCUAGUUCAGCUUCAUUCCUCUUCCACCUUAGCUGCAGCUGCACAGGAAGAGCCAGGGAGCCCAGCAGAGUAAGGAUCACCACCCUCCCAGGGAGCCGCCCUCCUUGGAGACAGUGCAUUUCAUCUUAGCCAGUGGGGUCCUUCCUUUCUCCAGAGCAAAUUUAAGGCUCCGCUGUCCCUUCUGCAAUUCCCCUCAUCUACCACCCACCCCGGGUGCUCACAUGCACUCCUCUUCUCUGUCAGCAUACAAGCAGAAGCAAUAAACCAGUCUCAUUUCUUUCAGUCAUUUACAACUUGCUGUUUUCUCUCCUCAUUAGUUAGACAGAAGACUAACAUACCUGCUGGCAGAUUUUUGGUGCUGUCCCCAAAAAAGGCUUCACAGGGCAACUCAUCUCAGGUCCAAGCCCACCAAACUCUGUUUGCAAGUUCAGUCAUUGACUCUAGGAGUCAGCAGUACCACAGCAGGGCAGACCUCAAAACCAGGGCCGUGCUGGGUUGGGCAGGGGCUGAGCCGAAGUCGUCUCCUCUAGUCAGAGGCUGGAAGCUGAUGCUCUCUGUAGAUCUCUUUCUCUGUCCUCUCACCUUUCUUCCCCACCCACUUCUCUGUCCCUCCGCCUCUGAUCUUCUGUCUGAUGAUAAAAAGCCUUACAGUCUUGAGAUCUUUUCCUCUACUUAUGAAGCCUGCAGCUGUGGCAGGGGUAGUUGGCAGCCAGCCUGGGAAAUCUGCCGUGGAGAGCAGUUAAGAGGUGCCUGAUGAGUACUGUGGCUUUCUCACUGGGCGAAUGACAGCCCAGUGACAACAGCCACAGGCGACCAGCCCAUGAGAUGAACCCUAAUAUGAAACAUUUUCCUUAGGCAAACCACGUGAAGAAAUGAACAGUGAGAGAUGAGAAAGGCCACGGUCAGAGAUUUCAAAAACACAUUCCUGCCCCACCAGCAAUGUAGCAGAGAGGUUUUAUGUCAAUCUUUGUGCGCUGGUGGCAUAUAUGCUUAGAUAAUCAGGAGCAUGUUCCAGUUAUAAUGUGAGAUAUGGAAAGAACUGCACUUUGUCAACCAUCAAGACUCUGAGCCAAGAUAUGGAAUAUUUUUUAAAAACUACUCUAUGAAUAUUUUACAUUUUUGUUUGUAAUACUUAUAGGAUAUAUUUUUAUCUGGGAAUAGACUGAGAAGCCACCUUAAACAUACUUAACGUGUGAGGAGGUGGCAUGGCUUAUAAUCCCAGCACUCAGGAGGCUGAGGCAGGAGAAUUGCCAUAAGUUUAAGACCAGCCUGAACUACAUAGGGAGAGGAGACUGUCUCAAAAACAACAAAACCACACUAGCAAACGACUUCGGUUCUAAUGGUUGAGGUGCCUGUGUAGAUUUGUAGGAUGGGUCUGGAGACCCAUACCUUCCAUUUAUGGCCUCCCCUUCGGUGGGUGCACAGGUCUGUGAUACUGUCAUGUGGCCCAGGGACAGCUGUCUGGAGAUAGUCCUUGUUCCAGGCUUUCCAAGCCCUCAACUCUAGAAGCACUGGGAAGCCAACUCACCUUGCUGUCUUGCUGCUGAGUGUGGCCCUUUCCUUUGACAACGUCACAGCCUGGUCAACUGUCAACUGUCACACACAUGUUCACAAACUUCCUGGGGGCUGGGCUAGCCUGGUGCUGAUGAAAUUCCAUUCCAUUCCAUGGCAAAGGAAACUUGUUUUUCUCCUAAUUCGUCCUUCCAUACCUUGGGAUUAGCUGUUUGGCCACGCACUUGGGACUCUGGACAGUGAGGCCCCUGAGAAGGGGCGGAUGGGAACCAGAGUGCUUGCUUCCUGGUAGGGCCACUGGCUGCAGGAGGACCUGCCUGACACUAUGAGGACUGCAGAAUCAAGCUUUCCCACCACGGGGCCUCAGAAUGGGGGCCACUAUCAUGAAAUGUCAAAGUAAAAUGUAUACAUAGGCUAAUGUUGUCUUUCAGUUUUUACAGUUGCUUAAGAAGAUACUAACAUAUAUUUAUUGGUAAAAUGGCCCAGGCCAACUUUUUUCUUCUUAUGAAAAUGGAUGAAUAGAGGUUAUUUGGAGUUUUUUCUCUGCUUCACUUGUGAGCCUAAUUUUAGCCCUAAAAUUUGAAAUAUUGGCCAAGUCAAAAUUCUGGAGUUUAGGGACAUUAAAAACGUAAAAAUCACGCUGGGCUUGGUGGCUCACACCUGUAAUUCCAGCACUUGGGAGGCUGAGGCAGGAGGAUUAUUAUAAGUUCGAGACCAACCUGGGUUACAAAGUGUGCUUAAGGCCAGCCUGAACUGCACAAUGAGACCCUGUCUCAAAAAAAAAAAAAAAAAAAAAAAAAAAAAAAAUCAUUCUCAAGGAUUUAUCAAAGUUUAGUAACAAAGUUUAGUUACCUUAGUACUCGUAAAUUUUUGAACAGUCUAAUGAAAAAAGGAACGGGAUAAGAACAAGUGAGACAGUCCAUAAACAACUGGGAGCAAGGCUGAGAACGAUUAAUUUCCAAAUGAAGGAAAACGGAGAAAAAAUGUAGUAACUAGCAUCUUUUUGUUGUGCCUAAAUUGCCCAAACUGGGCUUCAAUUUACAAUCCUCCUGCCUCAGCUUCCCAGGCAUUGGGAUUACAUAUACUACCUUGCUAGCCCCUGGCACCUUUCAAAACAAUUGUUAACACUAUUCAAGUGACCUGCUGUUCUUAAAUAAUCAAAUCAAUCACAAUUGCAAAUCCAACUGACAUACCAAUGAGACAUUUGGGUGUUGAAAAGUUUGUUUUGAUUUUAAAAAUUAUGAGUGGUGAGCAACUGAGCAUAAGUAGUUCCAGGUUUUGUGCAGACCUGAUUGGUUUGUUAAGUGUUGGGUCUCUGCAAAUGAACCAUGUGGGAUCAGCCGUCCACACUGGAAUUGAGAGGGAUUUGAGAGACUUUCGUCAUUACAGUGUGAGUUAAUUUGCCAACCAAUGAAAUCAUAGCCUGAACUGUUCACACAGCGUUUAGCACACGAUGGCAGCUGAUUCCAACUGGGAAAGGGAACUCAUUUGUCUGCCAGGCAUCAUGUUCCUGUCUCAAGGGUUCCUGAUAACAGAAGAGUCCUUGGUCUGGGACUGGAAUGGCAGGUCACAGUAGGUCCAGUUCCCACCAGCAUGGAUUGGGCCCACAUUCCAUCACUGCCUGUCUUGUCUGAUCACAGCAUGAGCCUUGGCGCUGAAGUGCUGCUAGGAAUAUGACUUUAGAUACUUCUAGUAGAAAGGUUCUUCAGCAACAUUCUUCCUAGCAAAAUAAGGCCAGAAGAGGCAAUCAUCUUUCCAGGGAGGGAAGAUGCUAGAUGGGUAACUGACUGUCUAGGUGGAUCAUAUAAAACCGGGGCCACAGACAGACUGACACACAAUAGUUUGUGCAGCGACCUGAGGAACAUGGGCAAUGCAGGGAACUACUCCGAUGGUGAAGGGCAGCGGAGUUAACUGUAAAAAGCCCUGGAGUCCAUGGCUCUGUGUUUUACUGGAUGCAUUGCAAAGCUCUGCAUUAACUUAACCCUUUUGUUUUCUGGCUUAUCAUUCUGCAAAGUAAAGCACUUUUUUCAAAAGAGUCUUAUUAGAAAGCCACAUGAUUGUAGCUGUUUUUUAAGCUCUACAAAUGUUUCCAAAGAUAUAAUCAAAAUGUUUUUCUACUCAUUAAAAAGUAUAAAUAUUAAACCUAUCUAUAGAAACAUUUAUGUGUAAUUAAAAGAUUAUGCUUUAUAAAUGUACUCUAAUAAAUGAUAUGAAAUAUAAUGCUUAUGGUGUAUGUAAGUGCUACAGGAUAAGGGGCCACCAAAAUCAAUACUCAGAAAAGUAAAUUAUGUACCUGACUCAUUUUA